AUGCUGCGAGUGGUGACGCCAUUCCAAACGAGAGUCCAAGCUCCUUCCCCGCCACGGGAGCUGUGCGCCACCAUCAUCAGCAUCACCUUCAGCUCGCCGCCCGACUCGCGUCCUCGACCAAUCCUCGACCCAAUCCUCGACCCAAUCCUCGACCCAAUCUUCGACCCAAUCCUCGACCCUAUGCGCUUUCCGUCCUUGCCACAAUUUGUCCGCGCCUUCCACACCAUCAGCAACACAACCAACGCCUUCAUCCGCUCCAACCCCGCCGGCACGCUCGGUCGCACCUUCUACAACAGCCCUCAGCGCGUUACGAUCCAGCGAUCCAUGCCAAACAUCCCCUUCCUCGGCGCGCUAUUCGGAUCAUCCAGCAGCAUGGCAGACAACACAGCCUACCCCGUUUCGAAGCCCGAGGGCGAGUGGCAGGCACAGCUCUCACCUGAGCAGUUCCGCGUCCUCCGCAAAAAGGGCACCGAAAUGCCCGGCUCCAGCAAACUCGACAAGCACUACCCGGACGCGGGCGUGUACAGCUGCGCCGGGUGCUCGGCCCCCCUCUACAAAGCCAACCACAAGUUCGACUCUGGAUGUGGAUGGCCAGCCUUCUGGGAUGCGUUUCCCGGUGCGGUUGGACAGAAGCCUGACCCUGGCCUGGGCAUGAUGCGGACCGAGAUUGUGUGCAACAACUGCGGAGGGCAUCUGGGACACAUCUUCAAGGGGGAGCGGUUUGGAAAUCCAAAGGACGAGAGACACUGCGUCAACGGCGUGUCUAUCAACUUUUCGCCCGAGGAGUCCAAGUAG